UUCUCCCUGCCAGGCAUUCCAACUCUCUGAGGUAAUGGGCUACAAGCAUACGGGCCUUCGCUUUAAUUCUUUCAGCGUAUCCUUCCGCAUGGAUAGAGCGAGGGGAACGCCUCCAGGAAAAGGAAUUAAAUGCACACACACAGAGGCACACAGGGACGGCCGAUCUGAAAAUAUUUCUGAGAAGGCAAUUUGCGCUCAUGCGGCACAGCGUCACAUGAAAGAGGCCGCCUGAAGAGCUGGCUGGCACAGGUUUAUUUUGUUGUAGUAUUUCCUUCCACCCCCCAGCUCUUUACCCAGUGGAAUGAUAUCCAGAGCAAGUUUUUUGAGACAGGAAGUGAGGAAUGUUUUCACUAUGAGCGAUCUGAGAAGAAGGUGGGUUAGCCGAGAUAGCAGCUGCUUCGGACAAGAGGAGCACAGUAAGUCCGUUCCCGAGGAAUACAGAUGAGAUGGCUCCGGGAGAAGAAGCCUUGGAGCGCUGGGGGUUUUUUUCGGCUACACGUAUGUGAAAGGAGACCCUUGGAUCGCUGUGCAAGGACUCCAGUGGAUGUAUCUUCUUGCCUCCUGGUGGAAAACUUGCUUGGCUUUAAUGGAUACUGCUGCUGCUGGUUGAUCUCUGGAGACUUUACAGCUCUAUACCUUUUGAGAGGAGGUGACUUCUUGUCACCUCUUAGGGUCUCAGUGGUAGUAGCUCUUUAUCACUAACCAUCUCUGGGGGAAAAAGAAGAUGCCUUUGCCUUUUGGGUUAAAAUUGAAACGAACUCGACGUUACACAGUAUCCAGCAAAAGUUGCUUGGUGGCUCGUAUCCAGCUGCUCAACAAUGAAUUUGUGGAGUUCACACUAUCAGUGGAAAGCACGGGCCAGGAAAGUCUGGAAGCAGUGGCUCAGAGGCUUGAAUUGCGGGAGAUUACAUAUUUCAGUCUCUGGUAUUACAAUAAGCAGAAUCAACGCAGAUGGGUAGAUUUGGACAAGCCUCUGAAAAAGCAGCUGGACAAAUAUGCCUCGGAGCCAACUGUGUAUUUUGGAGUAGUGUUCUAUGUGCCUACUGUUUCUCAGCUUCAGCAGGAGAUUACCAGGUAUCAGUAUUAUUUGCAAUUAAAGAAAGAUAUCUUGGAGGGCAACAUUCCUUGCACACUGGAGCAAGCAAUACAUCUGGCUGGUUUAGCAGUUCAGGCGGAUUUUGGAGAUUAUGAUCAGUAUGAAUCUCAGGAGUUUCUACAAAGAUACGCUUUGUUUCCAGUGGGUUGGCUACAAGAAGAAAAAAUAUUGGAAGAAGCAACACAGAAAGUUGCCUUGCUACACCAGAAGUACAGAGGCCUUACUCCUCCUGAUGCAGAAAUGUUAUAUAUGCAAGAAGUGGAAAGAAUGGAGGGCUAUGGUGAAGAGACCUAUCCUGCAAAGGACAGCCAAGGAAGUGACAUAUUCAUUGGAGCAUGUCUUGAUGGUAUCUUUGUGAAACACAAAAAUGGUCGUCCUCCUGUUGUAUUUAGGUGGCAUGACAUUGCCAACAUGUCCCACAAUAAAUCCUUUUUCGCAUUAGAAUUGGCAAACAAAGAAGAGACAAUUCAGUUCCAAACUGAAGAUAUGGAAACAGCAAAAUAUGUGUGGAGGAUGUGUGUGGCUAGACACAAGUUUUACAGACUAAAUAAAUGCAGCCUAGACUCCUUGGACUCUCCACCUGAGGAGGGCUCCCAGAAAUCUUCCCUCAUUCUUUCCCUUCCACGCUUUCCAAUCCUUUCUCGUCCUUCACUUCCCAAAGGGCAAACUCAGCCAGUUACAGUGAAUCCUGUUAGAAGACGAUCUUCAUCCAGGAUGUCUAUGCCCAAGCCUCAGCCUUAUAUGAUGCCCCCACCACCUCAGCUGCAUUACAAUGGUCAUUAUAGUGAACCAUAUGCAACUUCCCAAGAUAACCUCUUUGUGAGCAGUCAGAAUGGAUACUACUGUCACUCUCAGACUAGCUUGGAUAGAACCCCUCAUGACUACAGUGGUCGGAUCCGCAAUGGGAGUGUCUAUAGUGCACACAGCACAAACUCCUUGAACAAUCCACAGCAUUACUUGCAGCCAUCCCCCAUGUCCUCCAACCCAAGCAUUACUGGAAGCGAUGUCCUCAGAACUGAUUAUGUCCCAUCACACAGACACAGUGCACUAAUACCACCUUCUUAUCGUCCCACGCCAGACUAUGAGACUGUGAUGAGACAGCUCAACAGGGGGAUGGUGCACACAGAUAGGCAGAGUCAUUCAAUGAGAAAUCUUAACAUCAGCAACUCAUACGCUUACAGCAGGCCUGAUGCCUUAGUUUACAGUCAGCCUGAAAUUCGGGAGCAUGCCCACUUUGCUGCCCCACAGUCUAACCAUUAUCCAUUUAACCUGAACUACAGCUUCCACAGCCAAUCCCCCUACCCCUAUCCUGCUGAGAAGCGCCCAGUUGUCGGGGCAGUCAGUGUGCCUGAGCUGACAAAUGUGCAGCUCCAGUCUCAGGAUUACCCGGCACCAAAUAUAAUGAAGACUCAAGUCUAUCGGCCGCCUCCCCCAUACCCGUACCCAAGACCUGCAAACAGUACUCCAGACCUUUCACGGCACAUCUACAUCAGCAGCAGCAAUCCUGAUCUCAUCACAAGGCGAGUGCACCACUCUGUCCAGACAUUUCAGGAAGACAGCCUGCCUGUGGCUCAUUCUCUUCAGGAGGUCAGUGAACCUCUGACAUCGGCACGCCACGCUCAGCUGCAGAAAAGGAACAGUAUUGAAAUAGCAGGCUUGACUCCCAGCUUUGAAGGAAUAAGAAUUAAAGAGAGGACCAUGUCAGCUUCUGCAGCAGAUGUGGCUCUUCCAAGAGUUAUCUCAGAAGGGUCACAGCCCAACAUUCUGAUGGAGAGAACGAAGCAAAAAGAAGCUGAGCAAGAAGAAUGUGUGAACUGUGAUCACAAGAAAACCCUUUCAGAUGCCACUAUGCUGAUUCACAGUAGUGAGGAAGAAGAAGAAUUUGAAGAAGAGAAUAAGGCCAGUACAAGUCUUUCUCCUCUCCCUGAAGAUCAAACACAACUUUCAUCUGUUAUGGGAGGUUAUUCUCAUGAUUCAGUACUAAACUACCCUUAUAGCUCUGUUGCUUCAUCUGCUGGCCCUUUGCAUAUCCUUGAGCCUAAAUUACACAUCACAGAAGCAGAAAAGAGAAUGAAAGAUUUGAGCCCUGUUCAUUUACUAGUAGAAAGCCAGGUACAGAGAAGAGGGGAAGGACUGCUUACUCCAUCUAUGUCAGAAUCUGAUCUUACAACAUCAGGGAGAUACAGAGUAAGGAAAGAUUCAGUAAAGAAGAGACCUGUGUCUGAUCUUUUGUCCGGGAAGAAGAAUAUUGUGGAAGGCCUUCCCCCUCUAGGUGGUAUGAAAAAGAAUAAAAAUGAUGCAAAAAAAAUGGGUCCUCUGAAGCUAGCUGCCCUAAAUGGACUGGCACUGACUAGAAUGCCUCUGCCAGAUGAGGGGAAGGAAGAACCAACGAGAGCAACUAAUGAUGAACGAUGCAGAGCUCUGGAGCAGCGGCUGGAGCAGGGGAUGGUGUUCACCGAGUACGAGCGCAUCCAGAAGAAAAGGCUGAUGGAUGGCGAGUGCUCCAUAGCUCGGCUGCCGGAGAACGCCGAGAGGAACCGCUUCCAGGACGUCCUUCCUUAUGAUGAUACCAGAGUGGAGCUGGUCCCAACCAAAGAAAAUAACACUGGUUACAUCAAUGCAUCUCAUAUCAAGAUCUCUGUUGGUGGCAUAGAGUGGGAUUAUAUUGCCACGCAGGGCCCUUUGCAAAAUACAUGUCAGGAUUUCUGGCAGAUGAUCUGGGAACAAGGGAUUGCGAUCAUAGCUAUGGUCACAGCAGAGGAAGAAAGUGGGAGAGAAAAAAGCUUCAGAUACUGGCCACGUCUUGGUUCAAGACACAACACUGUGACGUAUGGAAGAUUUAAGAUUACCACGCGGUUCCGUACCGACUCAGGCUGCUAUGCAACGACAGGUUUGAAGAUUAAACAUCUUCUCACAGGACAGGAGAGAACUGUUUGGCAUUUGCAGUAUACUGACUGGCCAGAGCAUGGCUGUCCAGAAGAUUUGAAGGGAUUUUUAUCGUACUUGGAGGAGAUCCAGUCCGUGCGGCGCCACACCAACAGCACGGCAGAGCCGAGGAGCGCGAACCCCCCGCUGCUGGUGCACUGCAGUGCGGGCGUGGGGCGGACAGGCGUGGUCAUACUGGCAGAGAUCAUGAUCGCCUGCUUGGAACACAAUGAGAUGCUGGACAUCCCACGAGUGCUGGAUAUGUUGAGGCAGCAGAGAAUGAUGAUGGUGCAGACUCUUUCGCAGUACACUUUCGUCUAUGGAGUUCUCAUUCAGUUUCUCAAAAGUUCUAGACUUAUCUAACCCCUGCCACUUUCUAAGAGACUCUGCAAGAGUUUACAGAAAGAAAAUGGGAGUUGUCCAGACCUGCUCUCACUGGUGUUUUCCUCAUUUGAUGAAUCACAGAGUUACCAUUUAGGGCUGCCAUGGGACUGUUAAAUGCAAGUCAGCGUAACAGGCUCUACACAGCAGGAUCUUCGCUGGACUGAAUUCUUCCCACCUUCAGCCACAGUCACAUUAAGGAAUGAUUUUGCUUGUCCUGGUCUGUAGUAGUUGCACAUGUUCUUUAGAGUGGUGUUAUGCUGAGCAAAAUAAGUAUCUUAUGGAAUGGAGGUAUAUCAUACAAUUUUACUGACAUUAUGUUUUGAAACAUAGUUGUUGACUGUGCAAAAGUUAAAAUCUGUAGGUGCACAUGGGGUCAGAAAUCUGCUCCCUGUGAAUGUUAAGGUCUUAUGCAGUUUGAUUCUGCUUUCAAUUUUAUAUAUAGAACAAUUCAUCUAUAUUUUUUAAAAUGAACAUUUGGUUUCCUCUGGCAUACUUAGCAAAAUUAGCAGUUCUUAGAUAUUUUAAGCUAUUGCCUUAAGAACAGUUAUUUUUAUAUUUGGAAUUUUUAAAUUAAAAAGAAAAUGAACCACCACAACAGAAGACUUUUUAAACAUAACAAUAUUUUCAGAGGAGAAGACUGACAAUGUUUGAACCAACUUUUCAAAAAUCAUGCGGAAAGUCCUAGGGAAGUUGUUGGUAGUUAUUUGUAGUGCCAUGUAAUAGAACAGACAAGUGAAAGAUAAUGGUAACUGUUGAUAACUUUCAUUUGAGAGGAGGAAUGUUUACCUGCAAUGGGCAGGGGAAAAAUAUUUUGAGUAUCUGUGAGGUUAUUGGAAACAAAUGGAUGAGAGAAAGUACAUAUUCAGUAUUAUUCAUCUAUUUAGAGGACAAUUUGAUUUUACUGGCUGAAAUCAAAGUGGAUGCAAAUGUUUUAAGCACUUUUUUUGCUCUGUUAUUUAUGUAGGUAAAUAUAGAUACUAUAAUCAUGCAUUGUUUCAUUUGGUAAUAUACCAUUACUAACCUGUUAUUUUAAGAAGAGCUUUUUAAGUUGAUGAAGUGAGAAAACCAAAAUGGGAGUAGGAAGGUGCAGAGUGGUGAAGUGGAAAUUAUUGUAUGAAGUGUAACGGAGGAGGUGUGGCAGCUAUGAUUGCUGGUUUACACAGUGCAGAGAUGACCUUAAAAAAAUGUUAAUGUUCCCAGCCAAGAAAGCCAGUAAAGCACUGGAAGUUUCUGUAGAAUCCUCCAGAUUAUUUUGUUAGUGCUAGAGCAAAUUUUGCUAAUGCUGUGCAGCAUUGCAAUGAGGGACAUUUGAGAAAUUGCAGAAAAAGAGCUCUUAGAGGAAGCACUGGAGAUGGGGGUAAUUUAGUAGCUGUUUAAGUGGUUGAGUCAGUGGCUGUGGCAUGGACCUGAAGUAGGCAGGUACAGCCUACUGUAGUUUCUGUUUUGUCCCAUGGGGCUGGUCAAAUGAUGAUAUCCCUAAAUAAUCCUCUGUGGUUUUCAGUGGAGACAGCGUGGUUUUAGCUGCCUUUCAAAGUGUUUUGAGAUGCUAAGUUAAAAAUCCUUAUUCCAAAUUGAGCUAUAGUUUUUAGAUAUCUGGUUUAAUUAAAAAAAAAAACAAACAACUUAUAGUAGACCACUCUGCAGACAUGGUUAAGUGUACAUUUCCCUUGAUACUUGCUUAGUGAAAUGAAAUGAAAAGUCAGGUUUAUUAGUGCUGAAAUUGUUAUUUUUCUGAGCUCAAACAAGGAUUUGGAAGCUAUUAAGGCCCCUUCAAAACAAUGGUUGUGUCCCAAAACAUGAAUUAAGAAUUAUAAAUUGGUUGCCUCAAUUUCCUUUGUAACAAGCUGCUUCCAUGAAGUUAAACAUGUGGUCCAAAUGACAUUGAGAUAAUAUGUCAUUUUAUACCAAAUAUAUUAUUUUUAGAUACACAAUAUGAUCUGGUGCUUUCAGGUCUGCUUAGAAGCAGUCUGUUAUUUGUCCUCUCAGUAUAAGUCAGAUUGAAUAUUUUGGGUUAGGGAAAAGCAGUGUUGUUCUUAUAUAAAAUUCCUAGGAAUUAUUGAUUGCCAAACAUAAAACUGGAAGUCAGAGUAAACCAAUUGCUGAAGAGUUUCUUCAUACAUAAACCUUGCAAACAUACAAAUCUGACAUAUCUAUGUUGACAGAAGUAUUGAAAGAAGCAAACAUACUUAGCUAUUUUUAUCAUGCUCGGUUUUAAAAACAUUGUUAAUUUUUGCCACAGUUCACUUCUAUCUGCAGAAAUGUUAUUGAAUGGGAGGGCAGGCUCUAAAAUGUAGCUUAUACCUUUUCAAUUUCUUAACUUUGCACUGUGAUCUUCGUCACCUGAUAGAUGCAGUUGUAAUCACAUGAUGGACAACCAGAAGCUGUUUCUGAGACAGAACAUCAGCUGCGAGGCAUUAAAAGGAACAGUAAUAACAAGCAAUUGAAUCCAGUAUUUGUGGGAUUAUCUGAGGUGGGUGAGGAAAUGUGUGUCUUUUGGCUUGUUUUUCUGUUUAGCUAAAAGAAGUUGUGUUCACUUUUAGAUAUGGUUGUGCUCAAAUCUGGUAGUCACAGUCUUGUUUUUUUCAGUGUAUCAGUGCUACCUCCUCCCCUUCAGCUUCCAGUUCUAUCCAUCAGCAGUCUGUUUUUGCAGUAAUAGACUUGACCUUAUUAGACUCGACUUUAUGUGGCUUUUUCUACUGAACACUGUAGGAUUGUUUUUGUUUUUAAGCAAUGGCUCCAAGUGGGCAUUGAAAAUGAGCAGUUUCUCUUCUAGAUACCAAAUGAAAUUAAACUUCACAACCUUCUUAAAAAAAUAUUUUUAAACCAUUGUUUAGAUUUGCAGUUAACUUAAAAAAGACAAUUCAGUUUUUAGCCCUUUUGUUCUGAGCCUUGAAAAGGGAUGCAUUUUUACAUGUAGUUGUGCCGGGUACUUAAUGAAGUUUUGGAUAUUAUAACAAUAUCCACUGUCCAAAUCCAGUCACAGUGUGAGUCAAAGGUGGAUUUAUUUGUCAAAAAACUUAAAAUUUCUCUAAAAGCCUGUCCAAUUUUGCCAAAUGUGUAUCUAUUUUUAUGGGGAUGAAAUCAAAUGAUUAUGCAAGAUUUGAACAGAGUUUGUCUAGUAAGAAAAGUUGCAUGAAGAAUUUUUGCAGCAAAUGGCAAAUAUGAUGCUGAUCUCUUGGGAUGUCAGAGCUCUCAGGGACAAAUAAAGGUGCUAUAUACUGUCAAGAGACAGAUUUGGUGGUCUGUUGUUGAGUAGGUAGAAGAUGCUUUCUAGGAUCAAAUUAUAUGAAGAGACAGGAGACGAACAUACAAACUGUAGUAAGGACAUCUGCAUAUUUGGUUUCUUUCUUGGUUGCUCUGAUAUGAGAUUUUUUGGCCAGUGAAUCUUGGUGGUCUUGGGCUAAAACCUCUUCUCUAAGAAGCCAAGUCAGAGCCCUGUCCAUUACAAGAUGUCACUGAUUUAGCUGGGUUAGCUUUAGGCUACAGGUUCCUCCUGGCCCUCUUUGGUGAGGCAGGAGCUCUCAAGUGCACAGGGGAGUUUUGCACAGCCUCUGCAGCCUGCACAGUAGUGCUCUCCUUUCCUGCUGUCCCCCAGGAAGGGCAGGAAAGGUUUUAUGCCUUAGUAUUUCACUCAUUGGAAUGCCUUUCACACAAGGUGCAGGGUGCUACGGUUUAUACGUAGAAAUACAUUUAAUUCAAAGCAGGUGACCAAGGCACUGUUCUUGUAUUUCUAUGGAUGAAAAGUUGCUCUAAGUUAAAACCAACAUUUAGGAAAAAAAAAAGUAAAAUACAGUAAUAACAAAUAGAAGUAAAAUAAAUUUUCACUAAAGUGGAAAAGAUUCUUGACAUUUUACCUUUGACUUCUCUUGUAAUCCUGUGUGUUUCUUUUUGAAGUGGGCAACACUUGGAGCAAUUUUCUUCAAAAUGGUUCCUUUAAAUUUAACAAGUAAGACUGAGGCUGCUUCUUCAGCUGCUUCUACAUAUUUUGUGUUGGAGCAGCUGUUAAAGUUGAGUGGCUCAUAGAUUUUGAUGGCUUCUGGACCAAACUUGGAAACUGCAGGAUUGUUUAUCAUAGCUGUGUAAUGAAACCUCAGUUUUAAUAUCAAUAGCAUUACUAAAUCCUUGGUAUUUAAAAUCAGUGAACCCAUUUCAAUAGUUCAAAUUAUCAAUUUAAAAGAAUCAGUGCCACAGUUGCGAAGAACUCAGUGCUUUAGUGUUUAGGGUUGGGGUUUUUUCUGAUAGUGCAAAGUCAUGAAAAACCAGAGUCUAGCCCUGCAAGAUGCAAAAUUCCUGCAGUUCUUCAUGAUACUGUAGGAAUUAAAAUGGGCUUACUGCCAGUGAAAGCUUGAGCCCUAGAAACAUGAAUACGCAUGUCUGCUUUAAAUUUAAAUACAGAUUCCAAGAAUUAACCAAAAGAAUGCAGCAGGAAUGUGCAUACAGGAAAGUACAGCAUUCAAAGGAAAAGUAGAUGAGAGUUCAAAAGAAAUUCUCUUGUAAAAGUACAACAUUUUGGACCUAGAGAGUGAGGAUUUGAGGAGUGGCAGAAGGCCCUUGGAGGAGGAUUUGGAAUGUUCUGUAUCCAAAGUAGGGCUGCUAGCAGGGUUUGAGUCAUAUGGUAUGUUUUUCAUGGCAUGGUAGGGUAAGUGAAUGUAGUCAUAGGUGUUAUUUUUACUGGCUUUUUAAAAUGUGAUUUUUUAAACUCCAAAUACUUUUUCAGAGGCUCUGUUAUUUUUACAUAUCUUCCUUUCCAAAUGUGUUGAAUGCAAUCUGUCAGCUUAAUUUCUGUUUACUUAUUAAAGGUCAGAUUUUUCAAACUACAGUCUCUGGUUUUACAGAUACAAAAUGCAGGGGGAAUAGGCAUACUUGCAAUUUUGCAGUGAUAAUUUCUAAUAGAUGCAGGUGAGAUGAUUCAAAAGUCUGUGUUUUGAAUGAAGCCAGGAGUUUACAGUUGGUGCGAGUUGCUCCAAGUUAAGGCUGGGCUAGCAAUGAGACUCUUGAAAUGUGGAAUUUACCAUGGACUUAGGAGUGCUGUUGCAGUGCAACAUUUGCAACACAGUGACAUUAAAACAGUGUAACACUUGUGCUAAGGUAAGGGAAAAAAAUCUUAAACUGCUGUUGCAAACGUGCCUGUGAGAAGAGAAGUUAAAAAAAAAAAAAAAUCUUAGUGCGAUCUUGCCUGGGACCAGCUAACUUGGUGUACUCUGUUGGCAUUGCACGCUACUUUUAAGGUCUAACUGGGCUGAAUAAAAAGGAUUUGUUAACUUCAGUGAGCAUUUCAAAAAACUGUUGCUAAAUAGCCUCUGGUUCUAUUCUUUGCUAUUUUCCACAUCAUGCUGUGUUCAGUGAAGAAUAACCUCCAGUGUGUUUGUUUUGUUGAAGUCUAUUCUUCAGCUUUACUUAGGGAAUGAAGAUAGAAAUCAAAUGUAAAGAAUCUAAUGAACAGAGUUUACAACAGAUCCAGCCUGUGGCAAAUCAAAGAGCAAAACUGCAGAUACUGUAAUGUUCUUUUGGUUCAGAUAUGCAGCAAUAAAAACUACCAAAUUAUUAAUUUUAUGAGCAGUUUCAGAAGGUGCCUUACUUUCAUAAAGGGAAUUAAAUGCUGUUUUUCCAUUUGGAAAUAUUUAGAUAAAAUUAGGAGACUUUCUUUUAAUAUACUUUAAAGACAUUGCAAAUGCCAUUAAUUUUUAGAACAGUAGGAAAUUUAAUGGAGAAAACCCCUGUAAAAUCCUCCAGUCUGUCACCUUGCUAAUGCUGGAUAAUUCUGACAGACAAGGUGUGUGUACUCUUUACAAAGAUACUUGCUUAAGUUGCUUUGAAAGACCCAACUUAUCUGUCCUCUUUGUGGUUUUUCUGGGGGCACUUGGAUGGAAAUUUAAGAGGCUUUACCUGGCAAAUUAGCAAGUAUGUACACUCCUGCACACUGCUGAAAUCUCUUCAUUCAUAAAAGCAAAUGAACGUUUGAAAUCCUAUCAACAGUUUUGUAGGAUCGAAUCCUCAGUGUCAGAGGAACACAGGAUCUGGCUCCAUUUCUUCAGUUUUCACUUGAGCCAGUAUGCAAGGACUUAAAUGGGACUUUGUUUAAAAGUAGCAAAGAUGAAGUAUUAUUUUCUAGUACUAAGCUAGUGGUUAACAUGUCUAUUUUUUUGCUGUCUUGCCACCAAUACUGUAAAAAUGUAUAAUCAAACCAGCUUUAAUUCUUGUAAAACUGAAAUUGGUUUGUAAAACAAUGUAUAAAUUGUGUUUCAUAGACAGAAAAGCUUGUAUUACUGAAUGUAAUAUAUGUGAAAUGAAUAUAUUAUAGUCUAUUUUUGCCAUGGAAAUAAAUAUUUGAAGCAAUUAUGAGGUUUUUAUAGUUCCAUUAUUAAAGGAAAAAUCCAAGAA